CCAGAACCCGUAUUUCCGCUCUGGCUGUGAUUUGGUCUGAUAGCAGCAGCGUUUAGCUGCCGUCAGCUGAAGCUCGGGGAGGGUUUUAGCCUCCUGGAUAUUCAUACCGAGUCUAUGUCUGCCCCAACCAGUCGGUAGAAAUAGUGCAACAGUCUCCUCUGACAACUCGAGACCGUCAGAAAACCGGUAGAAUUCGCUGUUCGAUUAGCUUUAGCUGCUAGCUCCCGCAGCCUCCUGGUAUGCGCAGCUAGCGGGCUAAUGCAGCCUGCUAACGGCUAACUGUGGCCUUUCAGAGCCUUCUUUAGAUGAAAACACCGAAGAAGAAAAGUCAAUAUGGACACGUAGCUGAGAAGCGACCAGCAGUUUCAGGUGUGUGAGGUCAUCAAGCUGUCAGGGGGCACCUGUCAGACCUGAACCAGGUGAAAGUGGGGUGUUCUUCUGAGGACAGUGGAUAUGCUGACCUAGGAUCGGCCAGCGGCGCCAACAUCGUGCUGAGCAGAACCGGUCCCAGACAGAGACCACCAUGUCUGACAACCAGGCUAACAACAACAACGUCCCUCUGAACAACAACAACGUGGGGCCCAACAGGAUCCGAAACCCCAACAUCAACCAGAACCCCCUCAUCAAUGUCCGGGACCGCCUCUUCCACGCCCUCUUUUUCAAGAUGGCCGUCACAUAUGCGCGGCUCUUCCCUGCAUCCUUCAGAAGAGUCUUUGAGUUCUUCGUCCUGCUGAAGGCGCUCUUUGUCCUCUUCAUCCUCGCUUACAUCCACAUCGCCUUCUCUCGGUCGCCCAUCAACUGUCUGGAGGCGGUGAGGGAGCGUUGGCCUCGUGACGGCAUCCUACGGGUGGAGAUCCAGAGGAAUUCCAGCCGAGCCGCCGUCUUCCUGCAGCACUACGACUCUGGAGGCAUCCAGGAGGAGCUGGAAGGAGGAGCAGGAGGAGCAGGGCUCAGCCUGGCAGCUGUUCAGGAGGAGGAUGAGGAAGAGGAGGAGAUGACUCUGGAGAUGUUUGAUAACAGCUCAGUGCAGUUUGAACUAGACAUUGAGCCUCGUCUGAAGCCGUCUGUGAUUGGAGGAGCAUCCGGAGGAGGUGGAGCUUCUGGAGGCGUAAACGACAGCCAGGACAUGUCCUUCAGCCAGACUCCUAAAGGUACGCAGCCGCUGCAGGAUUCAGUGUCUGAGCUGGAGAUGAUGACCAGAGCAGUGUGGCCUCAGGAGGAGUACAUCGUGGAGUAUUCCCUGGAGUACGGCUUCCUGCGUCUGUCUCAGAGCACCAGACAGAGACUCAACAUCCCCGUCAUGGUCGUCACUCUCGAUCCAAUGAAGGACGAGUGUUUUGGAGAUUGCUUCAGUCGCUUCCUGCUGGAUGAGUUUCUGGGCUACGACGACAUCCUGAUGUCUAGCGUGAAGGCUCUGGCUGAGAACGAGGAGAACAAAGGGUUCCUGAGGAACGUGGUUUCUGGAGAACAUUACCGCUUCGUCAGCAUGUGGAUGGCCAGAACCUCGUACCUGGCCGCCUUCGUCAUCAUGGUCAUCUUUACUCUGUCCGUCUCCAUGCUGCUCCGAUAUUCCCACCACCAGAUCUUCGUCUUCAUCGUGGACCUCCUGCAGAUGUUGGAGAUGAACAUGACCAUCGCCUUUCCAGCAGCCCCUCUACUUACUGUCAUCCUGGCUCUCGUCGGCAUGGAGGCCAUCAUGUCUGAGUUCUUCAACGACACAACGACGGCAUUCUACAUCAUCCUCAUCGUGUGGUUGGCCGAUCAGUACGACGCCAUCUGCUGCCACACCAACACCAGCAAACGUCACUGGCUCAGGUUCUUCUAUCUGUACCACUUCGCCUUCUAUGCCUACCAUUACCGCUUUAAUGGUCAGUACAGCAGCCUGGCACUGGUCACCUCCUGGCUCUUCAUCCAGCACUCCAUGAUCUACUUCUUCCACCACUAUGAGCUUCCUGCCAUUUUGCAACAGAUCCGAAUCCAGGAGAUGCUGCUCCAGAACCAGCAGGCGGGUCAGAACCAGAAUCAGACGGCUCUGCAGGACAACCUGAACAACAACACUGCUGCUGCUGGUCCAGGACCUGUCAACCCCACCCCGCCCGUCUCCACCGGAUCCAUCCCUCCAGGACCCCAGCCUGACCCGUCCUCCUCGUCCUCAUCCUCACCUCUAGUUGCAGCAGGGGGUCCAGGGGAAGUGAGGUCCGAACUGAACUGGGUCGCACAGACCGCCGCCAUCAUCACUGAGGCGUUGAACUCCUCCGUUGACUCGGGAGGAGGAGGAUUAGCGGGGGGUCAGGGGUCAACAGGAGCUGAGAUUAGUGUGGUGGCGGAGUUCUGGAUGGGAUCAUCAGGAGCACCUGCAGGAGGAGGAGGACCUACUGGGGGAGCACCUGGAGGAGGAGAUGAAGAUCCAAACAUUUCUGUGGGCACUAAAGAUGCUCCAGGAGUAUCUCAGCAGGAGUCCGGGCUCCAGGGGGUGGGGUCAUCUGACGCAGCCCCCCCUCAUACAGACUGCCCCCCCUCGCUGAGUCCUGGUACAGACUCUCAUUGCAGAGCACCUGAACAGCAGCAGAACUUGGAUCAGAACCCGUCUUGAGAGUCCAGGUGUUUUGAUGACAUCAUCACACCUGAAUGAAUAGUGCCUCAGUCUGUCAGCUGAUCAGGCUGAUUGACCAAACUUCAAACAAAAACUUUGACUGGUUGAUUGAGUUUGUUCCGACCCGGUUCAUAACAGACCGGUAAAUGUUGUUCCCACCCGGUUCAUAACAGACCGGUAAAUGUUGUUCCGACCCGGUUCGUAACAGACCGGUAAAUGUUGUUCCCACCCGGUUCAUAACAGACCGGUAAAUGUUGUUCCGACCCGGUUCGUAACAGACCGGUAAAUGUUGUUCCGGACCCGGUUCUUAACAGACCGGUAAAUGUUGUUCCGGACCGGCCCGGUUCGUAACAGACCGGUAAAUGUUGUUUCGGACCCAGUUCUUAACAGACCGGUAAAUGUUGUUCCGGACCAGCCCGGUUCGUAACAGACCGGUAAAUGUUGUUUCGGACCCAGUUCUUAACAGACCGGUAAAUGUUGUUCCGGACCGGCCCGGUUCGUAACAGACCGGUAAAUGUUGUUCCAGACCCGGUUCGUAACAGACCGGUAAAUGUUGUUCCGGACCGGCCCGGUUCUUAACAGACCGGUAAAUGUUGUUCCGGACCAGCCCGGUUCGUAACAGACCGGUAAAUGUUGUUCCGGACCCCGGUUCGUAACAGACCGGUAAAUGUUGUUCCGGACCGGCCCGGUUCUUAACAGACCGGUAAAUGUUGUUCCGGACCAGCCCGGUUCGUAACAGACCGGUAAAUGUUGUUCCGGACCAGCCCGGUUCGUAACAGACCGGUAAAUGUUGUUCCGGACCCCGGUUCGUAACAGACCGGUAAAUGUUGUUCCGGACCCCGGUUCGUAACAGACCGGUAAAUGUUGUUCCGGACCCGGUUCGUAACAGACUGGUAAAUGUUGUUCUGGCCUGGUUCGUAACAGACCGGUAAAUGUUGUUCCGGACCCGGUUCGUAACAGACCGGUAAAUGUUGUUCCGGACCCCGGUUCGUAACAGACCGGUAAAUGUUGUUCCGGACCGGCCUGGUUCGUAAUAGACCGGUAAAUGUUGUUCCGGACCCGGUUCGUAACAGACCGGUAAAUGUUGUUCCGGCCUGGUUCGUAACAGACCGGUAAAUGUUGUUCCGGACCCGGUUCGUAACAGACCGGUAAAUGUUGUUCCGGACCGGCCCGGUUCGUAACAGAUAGAUGUUUGAUAGAUGAGGUUCUGGAGCUGAUAUAUCUGAAGUUGGUUUAAGGGGCAGGUUGACUCUAAAACCACCAGAUUGACUGUUGAACCCACUGAGAGUCCUUACUGAUCACUGAUCAGCUCUGAAUCUGACAGACUGAAGCUCAAACUCACCUGCUUUUAUUUUGGAGACUCCUGUUGGAACUGAUGCCUUAUCAAUAAUCCUCACGCAUCUGAGUGAGCUGAUUGGUUGUGAAAUAAGAUGCCACCUAAGGCCCGCCUCCUGAGAUCAGCUGAUUGAUUAAGAAAUCAAAGGUUUCCACCACAUGAUGGCUGAAGAAGGUGCUUGGUCAGUGUGGUUAUUGGUGACGGGGGCGGGGUCAGUGUGGCAGUAGAAAAGAGGUAAGGCAUGAUUGUCUUUUUUAGGGAGGAGACUCACUGUUUUUCUUGGCGACGCAGAGCUGGAAGACUGCCUCUGAUUAGUUGAUCUGAAACUCAUCAAACUGUAUUUAAGUGUCAGUAAACAACGUGCACACCAA